AUGAAAUCAAAAAUUAUUAAUAGUACUGGAAAUGAUCAUGGAAUAAUUUCACUUCAUCAUCUUUUAGAAGAAGCUGAUUUACUAGUUUAUGAGCAAGAAUUUUUAUUUCAACUAAAACUUCGACAUGCUGGUGAUUUAGAAUAUGUUGAAGAACAAGAUUUAUUAUCUAUUGGUAUGAGUCGUCCAGAACAAAAAAGAUUACGAAAGAUAUAUGAAAAAUAUUAUCCACCUAAAAGUUUUGUUGGUAAAUUAAAAAAUGCUUUUAGUGGAUCAAAAAAUGAUAACAAAAAAAUUAAUAAAAAUAAUUCUAAUGGAACAUCAUCAACAAUAAUUGAGGAUAAUGAAGAGAAACAUGUUAUAUCACCAGAUAAAAUUACUUUAUUAAAAGAAUUAGGAAAAGGUGAAUUUGGUUCAGUUUUCCAAGCAUCAUGGCAAACAUCAUCUGACAUUGCUGGAGGGUGUGGAACAGUACAAGUAGCAGCUAAAUGUAUUCUUCCAGAAAAAUUAAUUGCUAAUCCAACUAGUUUUUUGCAAGAAGCUGCUAUUAUGCAUAAAAUGACACAUGAAAAUGUUGUUAAAUUAUUUGGUGUUGUUUUGGAUACAAAAAGUAUUAUGUUAGUUAGUGAAUUAGCUCCAUGUGGAUCAUUAUUAGAGUGUUUAAAUAAAUCUGCAUUAAGAGAUUCUUUUACGGUGAAUGUAUUAUGUGAAUAUACACAACAAAUCGCAAAAGGAAUGAAUUAUCUAAGUAGUCAAAGAUUAAUUCAUCGAGAUUUAGCUUGUAGAAAUGUUCUUGUUUUUUCAUUUACAAAAGUUAAAAUAUCUGAUUUUGGUUUAAGUAGAUGUUUAGGAGUUGGUGAAGAUUAUUAUAAAUCUCAACUUACACCAUCACUUAAAUUACCUAUUGCAUGGUGUGCACCAGAAUGUAUUAAUUUUUUAAAAUUUACUUCUGCAUCAGAUGUUUGGUCAUAUGGUGUUACAGUAUGGGAAAUGUUUAGUUAUGGUAAAAUGCCAUGGUCUGGUUAUACAGGAGCUCAAAUACUUAUUUCUGUUGAUACAAAUAAAGAACGAUUACCAUGUCCAAGUGCAUGUCCAACUGAUUUAUAUCAUUUAUUAUUAAGAUGUUGGAAUCAUGAUCCACAUAAAAGACCAACAUUUGGUGAUUUAGUUGAAAGAUUACCAGAUGUCAUGCCUCAACAACUUUUAACAAUUUCUGAAUGUCGAGAUGGACAACCUGAUCAUCUUCAAUAUAGUAAAGAAGAAAUAAUUACAGUUAUUGAAAGAACUCCAACUGCCUAUCCAGAUGGUUACUAUUGGAGAGGAGCAUUAAAAGAUGGUACAAUUGGAUUAUUUAGACCAACAGAUACUGUAGCACAUAUAGGUACAGAAAAUCCUAAAGUACAUUAUUCAAUACUACAAGCACCACCAACUAUAUCAACUUCAGAAAAAAAACCAAUAAAUAAUGAAAAAGAUAUUAAAAAGAAAAAAUUGCUUAUAAGUGAACCACAAGGUGAUUUAAGACAUACAUGUCAUGUUGGUAUAGAUGGUAGGAGUUUCGGUUUACUUCAGGUUGAUAAAAAUGAUUUAUCAAAAGCUUUGCCACCAUCAGUACCACCAGUUUCUUUAUCUAAUCAACCAUCACGUCAUUCACCAUUACAUACAAGUAGUUCCAGUACUUCUAGUUGUGACGGAUCCUUACAUCGUAAUAGUGGAGGGCAAAUAUCUUCAACAUUUAAUCCAUCUUGUCUUAAACCAAUGAUGCGUUCACCUCCACCACCUGCAUUACCACCUAAACCAAGUUAUAGAUAUCCACCACCAUUACCUUCAGCACCAUUAUUAUCUAAUUCUAGUACGUUAGAACGUGGUACUACAUUUUCAUAUAAAGGAGAGGAAGGUUCAAUGUCAACAUUACCAUUUCCUGAUAUACAUAAUAAUCUACAUAUAUCAAGAUAUUGUGAUGAACCAUUAAUGACAAAUGAUGAAGAAGAACAAGCUAUUGUUUAUAGUAUGGCACAUGAUAUAACAAAUUUUACAUUAUCAACAUUAACUGAUUAUAGAGAUGAUGAUAUCUCUGGAAAUAAAAAAGAUGAAUAUACAAAAAUAUUAAAAAAUAAAUUAAAAGAGGAAGCAAAAAAUUGUAAUAAAAUUCAUGUAGGUCCAAUAAAUCCUGUUGAAAAUCCAUCACUGGUAUUAAUGAAUGAGGUGGAUAAAAAAAAAUGGGAUAAAACAGUUGAAAAAAGACAUAAUGAUGUUAAUAGAAAAUUAAGUAAAGAAUUAAUAAAAGAAAAUAAUUGGAGAAAAAGUAGUAGUUCAGAAUCACAUAGCGAAGAGAAUGAAGAAAAACAAUUAUUUAAAAAAAUUGAUGUUAAACCAUUUGAGGCAGAAUGGACAGAGGAUGCUCAACAAGCAUAUAAAUUGUUAGUACAAUGUGGUGAUUGUUUAAAAAGAACUUCACCAUUACCUGAUACAAGUCCACCAAUGAUAAAAAAAAAUGGAACAUUAUCACCAAAUAGCAAUAUUAUUAAUUUUAAUGAUAAAAAUACUAAUCAAAAUAAUGAAAAAAAUUAUGACAAUGAGUUGACUAAAAUAAAUGGUAAAGAAAAUGAUGAAAAAGACUAUAAUCGUCGUUCGGCAACUUUUUCAUCCAUCAAUUCAUCUGACACAGAUGUUACAAUUGUAACAAUUGUCAAUAAUAAUGAAACAAAUAUUUCAAAUACUUCAUCAAAAAAUUUUAUGACAACUUCCUUGAUUGAAGGAAUUCCAUCAUCAUUAAUGGAUGAUAAUAAUGAUAUACGUUAUCAAAGAUUUUCUUCACCAGGUGAUAAUAUAAUGUCAACUAGUCAUAUAUCAAAUAUUCCAAUGCCAUCAUUAGAUGAUGAAAAUUCUGUUUCACCAUUAAGAACAUUAAAAAAUACUGCAAUAUUUCCACCACGUUUUAGUAUCAAACCAAUUCCUCCUCCAGUGCCACCUAAGCCCAAAUCUAAAGUAUUUUCGCAGUAA